CUUCCGGAUGGAAACACCGUAAACAAAAACAACUGAAAUGGUGAAAACUUGUUGUGUUUACAAGUGUCGAAAUCGGGCUAAUUCUGUGGCAAAAGUAAACAAUAUAAGUUUCUUUCGAUUUCCAGCAAAUAAGAAAAAACUUCAAGCAUGGAUAAAAGCCGUGAAUAGAGAGGAUUGGGAACCGAAUGGACACACAAACAUAUGCUCUGACCAUUUUGUGUUCGGAUGGCAUAGCGACGAUCCAAAUGAUGACAAUUAUGCCCCAACUCUGUUCAUACAGAAAGAAAACAAGAAGCUUAAGAAAUUAGGGAAAAAUAAUGACAAGAUCGCUAGUUAUAAAAGCCCAGAAAAGAGUACAGCUUCAGUAGAACAGAUAACCAACUUCUCCGAUGCCUUUAGCAUGUUAACCAGGGGAGAUAAUCCAUCAUCGAGCACAGACUCUGCAACAGACCCACCAUGUGACUACCUCAACACAGAACUAGUAUAUCCAGAUCACCUCAAGGACCACUUAUAUUGUAAAGCUGUACCUUGGCCUGGUCCUAAACGAAAACAGAAACAUAAAAAGUCUCAAACUCUGAGCCGCGAAUCUGCAGCGGAAACCCUUUUAUCUCUUUGUCAGGUUCAAAUGCCAAAUAGUGAUGACUCUAGAUCAAUGAAUGGAGAUAUGCAUUAUUCAAGUUUUAAUCCUGAACAUCAUACAAUUAGUAACAUUAAUCUUGAACAUCAUCAGUGGACAGAGUGUAUUUCAAAUGAAUUUAAAAUUCAUAAUGACAAUGCACAACAUCACUUGACUCUUAUUUCUAAACUUGAUAGUGAAACCGAAAAUUCAAGUACUCAUGAAAGUAUAGAAAAUCCUGAACUUCAUACAGUUAUAAAUGAACUUAAUCAUCAUAUAUGAAGUAGAGUUAUAAAACCUGUUUAUAAGCCAUGUUAUUUACAAUAAUUCAUUUCAGUUGUUAAAUCAUAAUUAUCAUAUUAUAGUUUCUG